AAACGUAAUCUUCAAACAAAAGCGCCAAACGCCUUCACUUCCACAGUCAGAGCACGCGGACCGCGGCGAAGCACAGCCGCCUCAUUUAGAAAGGAAAGCGAGAGAGAGAGAGAGAGAGAGAGAGAGAGAGAGAGAGAGAGAGCAAGCAUUUGAGAGUCAGGGAGAGAGUGAAAAUAGAGAGGGGCAAAGCCAAAGCCAGAGCCAGGGAGAACAGAAAGAUAAAGCGAACACAGACGAAACGAUAGACGUAAAAAAAAGAACAAAAAAGAAGUAUAUAGCCGCUUUUUUUUCUUUUCCCCUUCUCAGAUAUCUCUAGAAAAAAUCGGGGGAAAAAAACUGCUUGGAUGACCCAAAACCUAUCGCUCUGUCAACACUACACCUGGAUUCACUGACCGGCCACGCAGUAGGCAUGUCCCGAAGGAAGCAGAGCAACCCCAGGCAGAUCAAACGUCCUCUGGAGGAUGGCCUGGAGGAAGAGGAUGAGGAGUGUGUCCCUGAGGAGAACGAGCUCCUGGCCAAAGAUGAGUUCUCAGUGGAAGAAAACUUCCCUGCCGAGUUUGAUACAGAGAACAUGAGUUGCGAGGACAUGGAGUACUUCUGCAACAAAGGAGAGGAGGACGGCAACCGAGAGGCCGUAGAACCAGAAGUGGACAGCCAGGCUGAGAAGACGAGGCGUGCUUCAGUGGGGCUGGCUGAAUGGGAUGGCCCAAGAGAGCUGGACGCCUUCCUUAAAGAUGGCGAGCGCCGGAUCCACAGCCGUCAGCAGCUGCCUGUGGGAACGACUUGGGGACCCUUCGAAGGGAAGAUUGAGAUGGGUACCGAGAACAAUACAUUGAAGACGAAGAGCACGGUCCCGGUGGUGCUGAGCGCCGGCCCCAAGUGGCUGCUGGAUGUGACUUGGCAGGGAGCAGAGGACAACAAAAACAACUGUGUGGUGUACAGCAAAGGUGGCCAACUGUGGUGCACCACCACCAAGAACAUGAUGGAAGGCGAAGAGCUGGUGGCAUUUGCAGUUGACUUUGACUCACGUCUGCAGGCAGUCAACCACAUGUCUUUGAGCGAGGGCAUGUACCCGGCCAGGCUGCUGGACAGCAUCCAGCUCUUGCCGCAGCAGGCUGCAAUGGCUUCCAUCCUACCCACUGCAAUUGUCAACAAGGACAUCUUCCCCUGCAAAGCUUGUGGGAUCUGGUUUCGCAGUGAGAGGAAUCUACAGGCCCAUCUGAUGUACUACUGCAGCGGGCGGCAAAGGGAACCUGAGACGGUUGUUGAAGACAAUGACAAUGGACCCCACCAGACGUCCAGUGUGUGCCCCUUCCCACAAUGCAGCAAGACCUUUUCAGGGGCCAGGGCCCUGGAGAUGCACCUGGCCGCCUCACACAGUGGUGUCAAAAUGGAAGAGAGCCUCCCUCCUGGCACCAGCUUGAAAUGCACAAUCUGUAACUACACGGCAGAUUCUCUUAUUACAUUCCAGCAUCACAUCAUGUCUCACCUGUCACAGGCGGCCUUCAGAUGCAAUCACUGCCAUAUCAGCUUUCAGAGCCACAGGGAACUCUUACAGCAUCAGGACUUACAUGGCCAUGGCAACAAACUUCACAGGGAAGGCGACGCCACCGAGCAUUCCCCCAGGGGGGCUGAGGAAAGCCUCCAGCAGCAACAGCAGCAGCAGGCCUGUACCGAGCUGGCCAGCAGGAAGGAUGCUCUGCUGGGAAGCCCCAAGGGGGCACUCAACAAGGAGACCGGCACAGACGGAGAGCCCGACAAGGCUGAAAAGAAGCCCAUGCUGUCCGCUCAGAAGGGAGAUGCCCACCCGGGCAGCAAAGCAAGCUUCUCGUACACUCGGAUCAAAUCUGAGCCCUCCAGCCCCCGUCUGGCCUCUUCCCCCGUGCAGCACAACAUGCCUACGUUUCCCAUGGGGCCCUUCUUGUCUCAGUUCGCUUUCUCCCAAGACAUUUCGGUGGUCCCCCAGGCUUCCGAGAUUCUAGCUAAAAUGUCCGAGCUCGUUCACAGGAGACUGCGUCACGGAGGGAACAGCUACCCGCCGGUCAUCUACAGCCCUCUUAUGCCCAAAGGAGCCACCUGUUUCGAAUGCAAUAUCACCUUCAGCAACCUGGACAACUAUUUGGUCCACAAAAAGCACUACUGCAACAGCCGCUGGCAACACCUGGCAAAGUCACCCGACUUCUCCGCCCUUUCCGACAAGGUCCCCGAGUCAGUGAGCCCUAACAGCGGCCACACAUCUGUCAGCAUGCUGAGUGGCUGCCACCCCGCUGAAGGCGACAGUCACCUCAUGCAGUCGGCCUGCCUGAACUCCAGUGUGUUGGACCUGAUCAAUGCUGGCGCCAAAGGGCCUGACAAGGAGCUAUCGGGGCAGGUGAAGAAGGUCUCGACGCCGACCGGGGUUGAGGAUAGGCUGAACGGGAAACAGAUCGAGGGGAAAAGCCCCGGUGCCGGCGGUCUCGUCGAGAGCGACAACGACCCGAGCAAGACCACGUGCGAAGCCUGUAACAUCACCUUCAGCCGCCACGAGACCUACAUGGUGCACAAGCAGUACUACUGCGCCACUCGUCAUGAUCCGCCCAUGAAGCGCAUGUCCGCCAACAAGGUGCCCUCCAUGCAGAGGAACAUGAGAACUCGUAAGCGAAGAAAGAUGUACGAGUUGUGUCUCCCGGAUCCGGACCAUCAAAGGCCCCCCAUGGGACAGCCGGGUUUCCUCGGCAUCCAUCCUAUGAAUCCUUGUACGUCCCAAGAAGCUGUGGACGGCCUCGGCGACCGUUUCCACCCCCGCUGCGACAUCUUUCCAGGUAUGGUCCCGAAACACCUGGAGGCCUCUCUGACUGUCACUAAACCUAUUUUGACUCCCAAAUGCAGCCCAGCGGAGCCCCAAGAGUUGGAUGCCCCAAUUGAUCUCAGCAAAAAGUGUUCCCUCCUCUCUGACAAGACGUGUAGCUCUCCAAAAAGACUGUUGGACUACCACGAAUGUGCAGUUUGCAAAAUAAGUUUUAAUAAAGUGGAGAACUACUUGGCACACAAACAGAACUUUUGCCCGGCUACGGCUGCCGCUACCGCUCAAAAGUCCCAACAGUCGCACCAACAGCCGCAGCAUAACGAGACGGGCAGCCUGGACACGACCAUGUUCGCAGAUGUGAAGAACGAAGGCAACAACAACAACAACAACACGGGCGAGACCUACGAUAAGAGCCCGAGCAAAUGUGAAAAAAACGGCAAGGUGAUGGUGCAGAACGGCGGCCUGUUCCCACCUCACCUGGGGCCCGUGCCAGGUCUCAAGCCUUUUGCUGAAGCCCAGCUCAUGCCAUCGAAAGAUGAAAACAAGAACAUGUAUCUGCCCCAUUGCCUUUAUCCCGGAGCAAUAAAGAAGAUGAAAGGUUCUGAGCAAAUAUCGCCGUAUUUUGGGAUCAAGCCGACCGACUAUGUGAGCGCAGGACCCGCGAUGCAGGGAGAGGCCAGUGAACAAGAGCAGGGUGUUAAUGGGGCAGGAAGCGGAGGUGAGGCGGGAGCAGCGAGGGAAGCGACCCAACAGCCCGCCGCUAAUGGCUGCCCUCAUCCUGGCAAGGAGCCUCUCCCCCUGCUGCCCAAAAACCGAGGCAUGGUCAUUGUCAACGGGGGACAUAAGCCGGAAGAACGUUCGGGCACGGCGCCGCAACAGGAGAACCAGCCCCAGCCAGAUGGCCAAGCAACUAAUCCCUCCCCAACGUGGGCCGGGGAGAACCCAGCAGACUCCAACGAGAACAUGUCACCUUCCUCCAAGUCCCCAAACGAGGAUGCGGCACCCCCGGCCAACAAAGGGAUGAACGGUUCCGGAAGUAGCAAGUACUGUCGCCUCUGCGAUAUCCAGUUCAACAACCUGUCAAACUUUAUUACCCAUAAGAAGUUUUACUGCUCAUCACAUGCUGCGGAGCAUGUGAAAUGAGAAGACAGAUUCUUCAACCCAAAACCGCUUUCCUCCCAAUCCCCAUCACAUUUGCCCUUGUUUCUGACUUUUGUUUUGGUACACUGUUUGCGUCUGGAAUCGUGCAUCACGCAGUGCUAAGAACUGUUCGUGGACAAUCAAGAGAGGCUCCUGCUGUCCUUUUAUGACGUAAACAUGCAAAAACCUAGAAGGAAAACGAGAAGAAAACGAAUCAAGAAUUCUAUCGGUGCCACUUUCACAUUAAUUUAUUUCACAAUCAGUAUUAAUGGGUCGUGAUUUUAAUUUAACUUCAAAUGAAAUUUCUAUCAGAGUUGUUUGUAAUGUUAUUGUAUAGUCAUUCUUGUGUAGCACACACAUUGUUUACAUUGUAAGGUAGGCUCAAUGAAACAAUAGACAAUACAAAAAUGAGAUGCAUUUUAGACACAAAACUAGCUACUGAGGCACUUGUGUAUUCUUAUUUGCUGUAGCAACUUCAGUAUAUGCCCCAAAUGUAGAUUGCAGACUGCGACUGACCAAGUGUUCACCACUUGGCGGUGACCAACAGGCACAACGAUGCGUUUCACAUUUUGGCAUAUACCCGCGGCUUUGCAUUCCUAUGUGGCUGUUUGUCUGUCUUUUUUUCUUCAAGCCAGAUGUGGACGUUUUCAUAAGGAUGGCAGCGUUCUUGUAUAGUACUUGUAUUUCCGUUGAAUGAUACACUUUGGUCUCCCUUUUUGAAAAUUUGCUCUCAAUGCAAUACUUUGUAAAUGAGGGAAACGUUACUAAAAGCAGUAUUAUGAAAUGGGGACUGUGCAUAUAAUUAUUUGUAACCCCUCUGCGGGGUAAAAAAAAAAAAAGAAUUAUGUUUAUUGCUAACAAACAACAUGGGUGGGAGGUCAGUGGAAAUACUGAUUAUCAUUCCAGUGUCCUGAUAAUGGGAGAAAAUGUUUCUUAAAAUGUUGUUGCUAUGCAUGUAUAUGGAUGGAAUUAAAUUCCAAAUCUGUUGGAAAUUUUUAUUUUGAUGUGGUGUCAUAAUUAAACUUAAAUCCUCAGGAUGAA